AUGGGAACUCGAGAACGAUGGCAAGAUAAAAUAACUGAAGAUCUUGAAAAACUCAAUAUUCGAAAUUGGCGACGCGAAACACUUGACAAAGACAAAUGGCGGGCGACAAUCAACAGAUUGGUUCAUUCAAAUGAUCCCUCUUCAAACAUCUCCGAAGUUGUACAACAAUACAAGCAAAAAGCAGACAAACGAAGAGCUGCAUCAAAUGUACCUCUUCCUCCCAAGGUCACUGAAGUUCUGAUCAAGCAAGGGUUAAAGAAUACAGAUGGUGCAUAUACAUGUCCGAAUUCAAAGUGUACGAGAAGAACUUUCCGAGCACAAGGUAUUAUUAGACAUGUCAAAGCUUGUGCACCAGAAUGGUGUAAGAAACACAAAAUUCCAACGAAUUGA